GCGUGUCUCUCUAACCUUGCUGAAGGACGCAGCUGUAUUUAUUGACGUAUGCAAAUUAAUUUAGGGGUGGUCCUAGAAAAAAACAGGAACAAGAAUCAGUUUCACAUUGCAGUCUGGAGUUCCGGUGGAAAAGGAAAAAAGAGACGUGGCGAUUAUUGCUGAGCAAACCAUGCAGGAUGACUUACUGAUGGACAAAAGCAAAGCGCAGCCUCCACAGCAGCAAGAUCCAACGAACGUAGAUCCCCCUUCAACACCGACCCCUUCAUCGGAACCGCCCGCAUCGGAGGAGAACCCGACGAGCGUGAUCAGUCAAGCAGCCCCGGCGCAAAACAGCAAAGAGAAAGCCCAAAUGGAGUCUCCCAUCCUCCCGGGUUUGAGUUUCCACCAGCCGCAGGAACCCGGCGGCACGUCCUUGUCCCCUUCCUUUGGGAGCACUUGGUCUACUGGGACCACGAACACCGUGGACGAUAGCUUUUUUCAAGGGAUACCCUCGGUGAAUGGGACAAUGCUUUUUCAGAAUUUCCCCCACCACGUAAACCCAGUUUUCGGGGGCAACUUCUCUCCCCAAAUUGGCUUGGCACAGUCGCAGCACCAACAGCAGCAGCCACCGCAGCAACAGCAGCAGCCGCCGCAGCAAAGGAGGUCGCCCGUCAGUCCCAACCAAGCCCCUUUCCCCCAGAGAAACGCGUACAGUCAUCAGACUGUCAUGAACAGCAAGGCUUCCUCGUCCUCUGCCUCCUCGUCAGCAUGGAAUAAUCACCAUAACGCCGCUUGGAGCACAGCCUCCAAUCCCUGGAGCGGGCUCCAGGCAGGCAGGGACCCGCGGAGAGCUGUGGGUGUCGGUGUUGGUGUGGGUGUCGGCGUCGGGGUGCCGUCUCCCCUCAACCCCAUCUCCCCGAUGAAAAAGCCCUAUUCCAGCAACGUCAUCGCCCCACCGAAAUUCCCUCGAGCUGGUCCCCUCACUCCGAAAUCCUGGAUGGAGGACAACGCCUUUAGAACGGACAACAGCAACAAUAUGCUGCCUUUUCAGGACCGCAGUCGGCCCUUCGAUGCAUUUAGCUUGCACUCUCUGGAGAACUCCUUAAUGGAUAUGAUACGGACUGACCACGACAAAGGACGCAUGGGCCUGAAUUUCCACCACCCAGGAGCAGAUCACAUAAUGGCACUGAACACCAGGAGCUAUGGCCGCAGAAGAGGCCGCUCUUCCCUCUUCCCCUUCGAGGACGGUUUCCUGGACGACGGGCACGGGGAUCAGUCCAUGACCCCCGGCAUGGGUUCCCCCACGCGCUGCCAGAACGGCGAGAGGAUCGAGCGCUAUUCCAGAAAGGUCUUUGUGGGCGGCCUUCCUCCGGACAUCGACGAAGACGAGAUCACCAACAGCUUCCGUCGCUAUGGACACCUGGUGGUGGACUGGCCCCACAAGGCGGAGAGCAAGUCCUACUUCCCACCCAAAGGAUACGCCUUCCUGCUGUUCCAGGAGGAGACCUCUGUACAGGCCCUCAUAGACGCCUGCAUCGAGGAGGAUGGCAAGCUCUACCUGUGUGUGUCCAGCCCCACCAUCAAGGACAAACCGGUUCAGAUUCGGCCCUGGAACCUGAGCGACAGUGACUUUGUGAUGGACGGCUCCCAGCCCCUCGACCCACGCAAGACCAUCUUCGUGGGGGGGGUCCCCCGGCCCCUUCGUGCAGUGGAGCUGGCCAUGAUUAUGGACCGUCUGUACGGAGGAGUCUGCUACGCCGGCAUCGACACCGACCCCGAGCUAAAGUACCCCAAGGGGGCGGGGCGCGUGGCCUUCUCCAAUCAGCAGAGCUACAUCGCUGCCAUCAGCGCCCGAUUUGUCCAGCUGCAGCACAACGACAUUGACAAGCGGGUGGAGGUGAAGCCCUACGUGCUGGACGACCAGCUGUGCGACGAGUGCCAGGGGGCGCGCUGCGGGGGCAAGUUCGCGCCCUUCUUCUGCGCCAACGUGACCUGCCUGCAGUACUACUGUGAGUACUGCUGGGCCAGCAUCCACUCCCGCGCCGGCCGCGAGUUCCACAAGCCGCUGGUCAAGGAGGGCGGCGACCGGCCGCGCCACGUGUCCUUCCGCUGGAGCUGAGGGGCCGUGGCCCCGCCCCCGCCGCCCCGCUCACCGCCCCGACACCUCGCCCAGCGUCCCCGGGACAGUGCUGCACCCACCGCCCCCCCCCCCCCAACCCAUAAUCCCCCACCUCUACCACAGCGGUGAUAGCGACUCGGCACACCCCUGCCUUUUUGUUUUAAUUACUGUUCUCAGCUCAUUGUCCUUAGAUGUUAUCUAUUCAGAAAAAAAACGCAAGAAAACAGCAAGUCAAGUUUAUCUGUUGAGAAUUUGCACUUUUGGCACUAAAAUGUACACAAACCACACAUUGGAGAGAGAGAGAGAGAGCCGGGCCUGGUACCAGAACCGGGCUGUUCUGACAUCACUGGUCCUGCUGACUAGGUGGUUCAGUCUGCCCCCGUUAGAACCUGCCCCACCUGACUAAAGCCCUAGUGAGAGUAUACAUAUAUAUAUAUAUGAAAAUUAUAUAUUUUUUUGUUUUAUAUCUAUCUAUAUCUAGAUAAUUUAAUUUUGUGACCGGAGCAUGCACUUAUUUUCAGAAAUGGUAGGACAUUGCCCCUAGUAAAAAAAAAACCAAUUACCAAAGGUAAAAGAAAAUAAUAAAUUAAUUUAAAAUAAAAACAAAAAUAGGUGGCAUAACAUGUAGCAAAAAAAGAAAGAAACAAUUAUUCAAUAAUCAGUAGUGUGGGUCAGAAACACCCAGAUUUAGAAUAACAAGCCUAUAUCUGCUCUCCAUUUUGACUUUGAAAUAUUAAUACCUCAUAAGCUCAAUCAGAAUCCUUUUUUUGCUUUUAAUGUGUUUGGUUAGUUCUUUUAUUUGUAUUUUUAUCAUUUUAGUGUUAUGUAAAUGUAAUGCUGCAAUAGCUUUUGCUGCUAAAUCCAUGGUAUACCCUCAUGCCAUAGUACUUUAUUCAGGCUCGUGUGUAACGAAAAAAAAAGGACAAACAGGUGAUAGAGGAGUGCACCUUCAGUCGAGGGUAACAGAUUAGCAUGGAGGGGCGGGGGGGGGGGGCGCCCUGGAAACAGUGGGUGGAUGGGGGGGAGGGUGGGGGGGGGGGGGGUGUCGUCCCUGACUGCAUGUUUAAUUCAAUCAGGUUGCUGCAUGCAAUACAAUUUUCAGUAUCAUGUCUAUUAUUGGAUUCUGCCCACAUUGCACAUGGCGUAAAUUAUGUAUAUGUGAGCACAGCGCAGACCGGAUACAGCAGGGAAAAACUGCGCAGACACACUUCUGCAAAGUACACCGCGCCGUAAAAUCUGGCCAAUCGCGUCGCCGCAGCCCGCUCGGGCUGCUUCUGGCUGCGGAGUCGAGCAUUACCACGGUAACCACGGUUUAUCAUGGGUUGAUUAGAUGUAGGAUAUCCUUAAAAAAAACAAAAAACUGUCUGAUUAGGUGAAGUACCUUUGCAGUGAUUGUUUAAUAUAUAAUUGUGCAAUUUUUAUACAGUACGUAGUUAGAUCCGAGUAUGUCUAGAACUGUGAUUCGCUUUACCUGUUGUUGAUGUCUGACAUAGAAGUCCUGUGAAAACUUCAUAACUAGUGUACACGCAUACACACACUCGCACACACACACCAUGUUCCAUACUUCACACACAGGCACAGUCGCAUUCUCUCACACACAUGCAUGAAUGCUUGUGCGCUCACACACAUUCACAUGCAGGUAUAGAGACAUUCUCUCACACAUGCGUGCGCGCACACAUACACACACACCCAUGUCAGAUACUUCACACAAUAGGCACACAAACGCAUCCUCUCUUACACGCGCGCGCGCGCGCACACCGAUAAGAAGACAAUGAGCUGGAGUCUGGAGAAAGGCAGACGUUGUACCGUCGACGUAGCCUAACAGUGUGUCCGCAAACCAAAGAGCUCAUGUGAUUUAACACUUCGACCACCAACACACUACCAUGACGACAGCCGGCAGAGCACCAGUCCAACUGGUAAACGUAGGCUUGUUUGUUUUCUAUUUUUGUUGGGAAAUAGAUUUU